AUGAAGACAUUCAAGGCCAUUGUAGGCCUUGGACUGGCCUUUAUCCCCAUGGUCCACUGCCAGGGAGAUAAAGUCCAGACUAAUGUCGAGAUUUGUAACUGGUAUCGGUUCAGAGCUGGUGUUAUUCGUGACACAGUGUACCUUGACGGAGGCUCCCUGACAUGGCAGCGCAAUUUCCAAGAUGGCAGACCGAUCCUAGACAGAGCUGGCUCCGAGUUGGAUGACAUGUUCACACUGUCGUUCAACUCCUCUUUUGAUAUGAAGACCAAUUUCACCGACCUGCUUGGCAGGAUACCGCGGCUUGCUGGAGGAGGCGCAAGUCUUACUGCACCUCUCUACGUUGAUGGAACGAUGUUUUACAACAACUCCACGCUUCUUACUUAUGGUGGUAUCACUCCUAAGCCACUCAAAACUCCCACAAACUCGUCCCUCUAUGGAUACAACGCCUAUCAGUAUGGCCCUUUUAAACCAGCUUUCAAGCCUGGCGCCUUCCUGCCUCAAAUCCGUGAAGAUGUCACCCGUUAUAUCACUCAUGGUGCGGGUGUGUCUGUUCCAAGCGAAAACAAGGGAUACUACUUCAGUGGACGUCAACGAGAGAACGGAGACGUUAUAGACCUGACAAACAAGCCAGAUAUGACAGCUAACUCUCUUAUCUCUACCGACUUAUCCAAAUUCGAUGAGCCAAAAUUUGCCAGUGACAAUCUUACAGGUGUUACUGGACGAUCAAGUGCGGAGUUGGUUUGGCUUCCAGUUUCUGAUGGCGUCUUGGUCGUGAUAGGCGGCGUUACCAAUCCGGAAGCUAUACCCUCUCCGCCGCUAUCUCAGCAAGAGAAAGAGGAAAAUGCUAAGAAAGAUCCCGCUUUUAUGGAAACGGUUAGCUUGUAUGAUGUUGGCACUGGAGAAUGGUACUCGCAAAAGACUGAAGGCGAUAUACCACCAGCCUCGAAUUCAUUCUGCUCGGUCGUAGGCGAAGCAGAAGACCGAAGCUCAUUCAACAUCUAUAUCUACGGUGGAUACAAUGGCACUGAACGUACCGUUAGGCCGUAUGAUGAUGUAUAUGUCCUUUCCAUUCCUUCGUUUACCUGGACAAAAGUACAUACGGGAGAAAGCAACACGGGCCGCCGCGCCCACAAGUGUGUCAAACCGUAUCCAGAUCAAAUGUUCGUGAUUGGUGGCGAAUAUUCAUCUCCAACAGCUUGUCUAACGGGACCUUUUGUACGAGUCUUUAACUUGAACGAACUGAAGUUCAAGGAUAAGUAUGACCCAAGGGAGUGGAGCGAGUAUAUUGUUCCAGAAGUCAUCACCAAGAAGAUUGGCGGAACUGGAAAAGGGGGUGCUACCAAAAGUAAACCAGAUAAGUGGGAUGACGAUAAGCUUGGCGAAAUUUUCAGCAAGAAAUAUACCAAAACCAUUCAAAAAUGGUAUCCAUUUGAACCUGCUAAGGAAACUCAGUCUGCACCGGGUACAACCAAUCCUCCUGGGGAAGAUAAAGGGGGAAGCGGCGGCAUUCCUCGAUGGCUUGGGGCAGUUCUAGGUGUUGUCCUAGGCCUUAUAUUCAUCACUGCCCUGGCAGUGAUAUGGUUGAUCCUACGCCGACGCAGAGAGAAACGAUAUGCCCCUAGCAUUGGAGGAACUAGUGAGGUGGCUAGGAGACGCAUUCUAGGAUGGAUGUAUGGAAUGGGACAGCCAUCGCACAAGCCAGAUAUGACCACUACUUCCACCGAGAUUGGCAUUAACGACAAGCACGCAUCGACGGGCAUAUACUCGGACUCGGGAAUUGACUCGGUUGUAGCACCCAACAACCAUCCUCCCUCCACCAUUGUUUACUCUGAUAUCAACGCCCCAGAAGCCGGCAGCUCUCCAAUUCACGAGAUGCAUGCUGGUACCGUCAUGAGCCCAUCAGAGCUCCCUACACCAUUUAACGAUACAUCAGUUACUGCUCGGCACCCAAGCGAGACACCAUCGUUCAUUAGUCCUAUAUCCCCUGCAGCCUCACCAUCUCCGGAGAACCAACAAGAACGGCACCAUCCGGCUCGACCAACACAUGGCCGUCAUGGAUCAUCCUUCUCUAGCAUAGGGGUACCAGCAACCCUUGACAACGUCGUAGUGUCUGAUAAUACCGAGUCACGGCCAAGGGAGCGCCGUGUAUCCGGCUUUACCGAGGAGUUUUCAGAUACCCAUUCGCCCACCCAUGAAGAUGUCGAAUUAGGGCACAAGAUAUAG